AUGUUGAACAGGGAGAGUAACAGAUCACGUUUAGUUGCCGUGAGGAAGGCGUUGUCGUUUCGUGCUCGGCAUCUAAUCCGUGAGCUCACCGAACUGUUUGGCACGGAGCUAGCUCGAAUGGGACCGAAUUGUACAGUUGAUUUGUCCACCUCAACGCCCACGUGUGUGCAAGGUCCACCAGCAAUCGGGAGCAAACAAAACUGUACAGUGGUACCGCAAAACAAUGACUCUGUGAUCAACGGUCUGAUCUCCAAGCUUUGGGAUAAUCAGCAAGUCCAAUCCGCAGAAGAUUUGGAUACUGAGUCCGCCGCGGUGAACUUGGGUCUAGUGGCUCAAAUUUUAUGUCUAAUAUCAGCCAUUCUGAAUCUGCCCAUCAGGCAUCCAUUUAAUCUGUCUGAAGGGUAUUCACGCUCCACUGUUACUGAUCAGAUAUCUCCGGAGUUCGUGGACACUGCUCGUGUAUUUCCCCUGUACUUGCCUCGGAGUUCGCUAGUUCCAUCCUAUCGGCACGCGAUCGCACUACUCAAUCGAAAUUUGGCUGCGCUUCGGUCCCUGGUCGGACUAUCCACUCCAGCUGAACGAACAACCAUAUGGAAUUUGAAAAAUCUCUUGCAGCAUUGUCUUUCAACGGAAUGA